CGAUGCUAUAAACAAGCUCAUUUACUACAAAUUUCCUGCAUCAAUCACUCAGCUUUCUCAAAAUGGACCCCUCAUCUAUGGAAAAGCAAUGGGACGAACUCCCCGAUCCAAAACGCGUCUGGAUAGGCCAACCGGGAAGUCGAGAAGAAGGUCUAGGCCGGCUCGUCCUCCUCACGCCAGAGCGGGUGGCUUCAGCCGCACAGACACAGAUCAAGACUGGGAUUCGCGUUAAUCUCGGUUGGGAUCUGAAUAAGCUUGAGUUUGCGUGCUUUAACCGGCAGCCGUGUGAGCUUAAGAUGGUGCCGCUGUUGGAUGGUGUUGCUUUUGAUGAUAUUUACGUUAUGAAUCCACAGCAGAGUAGUCAGUGGGAUGGAUUGAGACACUUUUCUAUGCCAAGAGAAGAGGGGAGUAAAGAGAGGGUGUUUUAUGGAGGGACGACGAAGGAGGAGAUUUUGGAUAGGUCGAAUGACCGUAUUGGUAUUCACCACUGGGCUCAAGAAGGAAUUACAGGCCGUGGAGUUCUCAUUGACUACGCCUCAUGGGCUGAAAGGAACGGCAUCACAUACUCAACCUUCUCACUACACACCAUCAAACUCAACGACAUCCACCAGAUUGCCAAAGAAUGCAACAUCACUUUCCAACGCGGCGAUAUUCUUCUCGUGCGCAUUGGCGUGAUCAAAGAAUGGGAGCAUUCCAUGGAUGUAGACGCCAAGAAGGCAUAUGCGGCUACGACCAGUCCUCAGCAUGCAGGUGUUGAAGGAACAAUGGACGUGCUCAAGUGGAUAUGGAACACAGGCUUUGCAGCUGUAGCGGGUGAUGCUAUUAGCUGGGAGGUAUAUCCGCCAAGUGAGGGGGGUGUCUUGAUGCAUGAGUAUAUGUUGGCUGGUUGGGGGAUGCCAAUUGGCGAAUUGUUUGAUCUGGAGAGAUUGGCAGAGACAUGCAAGCAGUUGAACCGCUGGACGUUCUUCAUGUCAUCGACGCCGUUUAACAUGAAAGGCGGUAUUUCCUCGCCACCAAAUGCACAAGCUAUCUUCUAGGCAAUUCUUCACAUGUUAUAACCAACCGCUGAAUGGCUCAACAUACACUGUAACUGAGAAAUAAAAUCGUAUCAUUAUCGUUGCUUUUUUUACCCUUCCGUGAAACUUUCUUUACGCGACAACCACUCGAUCCGCAAUUGCACAUGUAUAUACAAGGAUCCUCCGCGCCAAGUAAUCAUAUCACUAAAUGCUUUCGUAACCAAGAAAAAGAAAAUCGACAGACGGCCCGGGGAUUUAAACCGGCGGGGGUUUUUAAACGGUGAUCGAC